AUGGCCAUCAACAAGGCUCAAGGCCAGAGUCUAUCGAAUGCUACUGUCGAAACCAGUACAAACGGUCAUGCUCUGUUCGUCUCGAAUCCUUGUAUUCAAUAUAGUAAUAUAUUCAUUAUCUGCUACGAAACAAAAAAGACUGUCAAACACACAGUAGAAUGCCUUCUUAAUAACUACAGCAGUCGAACAGAAGUUAACUUACAGCACAAUUGCAAAAGAAGGCACAAUUCUUUGAUGAUGAUAAAUCAUUCAUACAGGGAAUACAACCAGCGUAUUAGUAUUAUCUUAAGUAAAACUUCACCUACUCCUUACCCUGAUUUGUCGAAGAGCAUAACCGGCUAG